UACAGUCCGAGGCUGAUCAACAUGUUCCACACAAUAGAACGGUCGGUCGGUUGGGGGUGGGGAACGACUUUUAAUCUUGUCCCAGCUUGUAAUGGAAAUCAGAACAGAAAGAAAGAGAAAAAAACGGGAAACCAAACAAACUUCUUCCUUCUUUUACUUACUUCUUUUAUUCUUGUCUUUUUCAUCUGAUUUCCAAAGUUUCUUCUGAUAAAAAAGAAUUAAUGUAUUUGGUUAUUUGAUGUUUGGAAGACAACACAUCCUCCUUUCAUCCCCUGGGACUCUCCUUCUGUCUCUCUUUUCCCUGUGAACCUUUCCUGGAUUACUUUAUUUCCAUAUUCUGUAUCGAUGGGUUUACAAUCGGAUUGGUUUUAUAACGGACUUGAGUCACAGCCAUGCCAGCCAUGCCAGCAUGCCAGAAUUUGUAACCACAAUGCAAGCGUUUCCUGUCCAGCUUUGCAUCCCUUAAAACCCCCCAAGUCAAAUGCUUUAAUCAGUUCAAAGACGUUCGUUGGUGGCAGUGUAGGUGCAGCAGGCAUGAACACCACAACGAGCAUCAAUUUUGAUGCAGCAGCUCUUCAGUCCCAGGAUGAAGCGGAAUACCAGAAGGAGGAGCAGCAACAACAGGAAGAACUUCGACAACUUCUGUCGAAUGCACUUGAUGACAUAACUGAGGAUGGUUUAUCUGUGUCUUCCAAUGACGAUGAUGAUGAAGAUGAAGAUGAUGAGGAUGGGGAGGCGAAGCAACAGAACACAGGAGACAAAGUAGGAAAAAACGAAGAAAUGGUCAUUGUUGAGAAGCAUCAGCUUCAUGGGACCCCUAUCUUGAAUGGCAGCUUUGAACAUCGUCACUCAUUGCUUUCGCCUCAUACGUUUCCUGGAGCAAGGACGAAGUUACCCGACGCUUGCAACCAACAACACACUGAAACCAUGACGAUUCCACUUGCAAGCAAUGGUCAGAUGCCUGUUGACCAGCAUUGUCGACAGCAGCCGGAAGUGUCCCCCCAGCAAACCCCAGCUAUGUACUACCCCCAGUUCCACUACCUUUACUCAAUUGCCACCGAUAAAGACUCUCCUAUAAUGACAGCCACCUCAAACAACUACGAGCAGCAGCAACCAACGCAUCCAAUGUGCCACCAGGCACACCAGCAUCAUUUUGGGUUGAUGCCCUCUUCAUCAGUGGCACACGAGGUUGCUUGCAACAAUAACAACAACAACAACGCUGUGGAUGCUAAUCACUGGUUGGAUCCCCACGAAGAGAUUUAUUACAGGGAAAACUAUGGCCCGGACCCUGUGGCCAGGCAGGACUUUUACCAACACCACCAACAUCAUCCUGUUGUCUUACCCCAUGAUGGAACUAAUUUCGCUCCCAGACAUAUUUCACCGCAUCAAACAAAUGGUGAACUCCAUCCUCAAAGCCAACAACACGGGGCCCCAGUCCUUGAAAACUCUUCAGUCAACAAUAAAAUGGGGUUUGAUGCAGUUCACAGCCGGCAAGCAGCAGCAGGCCAGAGCAAUGGCUAUGCCCUUCUGACUGAAGCCGAGAAGCCAGCUGUGAGUUGGGACCAGCUCAAUGGGUACAAGGUGCAGUAUCGCAAACCCCCCACAGAUGGAGGGACAAACGCAUUCCAGACAGAAACAGGCUCAAGUAAGGAAUCCAGCCCACACAAACAGGAGGACUUUGUUCAUAUAGGUGGGUCAGGAGAGCAGAAAGAACUGGUUCAGUUACAGAUUUUAUACAAAGCUCGUGGACGAAAAGUGGACGAAUUGAGUCAGGAAUUAUCCAACUUGAAAAAGGAGAUGGAUGAGGAAGUGGAACUUUUGCAGCAGAGAGUGAUGGAAGUUGGGAAAGAACGAGAUGGAACUGUUACGAGUCUUAAGAUGUGUCAGGAUUUGUUACAGCAAUCGAAGACGGAGGUGAGCCAGUUGAAGGGUCAACUAGCAACAUCGGAGACUCUGGCUCAAGCAUUGACAAAAAGCAAAGAAGAAGUUAUUGGCAAGCUGAUGUCUGCGGAAUCGGCAAUUGAAUCACUCAAUCAUCAGGUUGAAGAACUCAGUAAAAGCGAGACUCUUGAGCGAGCCCGACUCCAGCAUGACUCCAUCAUUGAAGGCCUGCAACAUCGUUAUCAGAAAGAAAUCAAUAUUUUGAACAAAGAAAUAGAUUCUCUAACACAGAAUAACAAAAGCCGUGAGGAAGAGGUGUCCAUGUUGAAAAGACAAUUGAACGAUGCCUUGAAAAAUGUGGAAAACGCUCAGAUCAACCGUGCUGAAACAAUCAACCGGUUGACUCGAACAUUAGAAGAAAGCCAGCGGCAGUGCCAACAUUUACUGCAAGCGUCUGCUCAGUCCAAUUCUUCCAGCCAACAACUGACUGACUUCCAGAACCGUUUGCAACAAGCCGAAUCUGCUAAGAGGGCAGCAGAAGAGAAAUUUUCUGAUUUUCAGCAGGAAUUGAAGAGCCUUAAAUAUCAGUUGUCAAUGUUUGAUUCAGCUUCCAAACUCGGUGUUUUUGCUUCCAAAGAACCUGAUAAAGCAAAUUCAAAUUUGGAGAAUUCUUUCCAGGAAUUAGGUAUCAAAAAGAAACUUGUUUUCUCUACUCCAGAAACUAGUUUGAGUGAAGACUCAGGUAACGAAUCCCAAAUUCGAGGAUUGAAGCACGAACUGGAAAGAUGUUUGAUAAACAACAGGGAAAAGCAGGCCCUUAUUGAGGAACUGCGAGAAACUGUGCAGAAGCUGCAGAAAGAAGUUUCAGAUUGGCAAUUAAAGUGUUCGAAAUCCGAAGAAACCAUUGAAGCACUGAAGGUUGGGAAGAAUUCAAGUUUUGAAGAAAGUUUAUUACAAAAAGAACUUGAGGCAACCAGAGAGGAAGUGGCACAGUGUAAGAAAGACAACCAGAAUUACAAAGAACGUCUCCGACUUGCAAAAGAAGCUGAAAGCCAAUUGAAGGCGUGCAAUGAUGAUCUUGAGUCUAAACUGGAAAACAUCAGAGAGAAAUGUGAUGCUGAAAAAGUGAGUGCCUUAGAACAGUGUAAAAAAACAUAUGAAACCUUUCAGGAUGAUGUGAAAGAAAGGUUAUUAUUGGACCUGCAGACCCAGUUUGAUGAAAAAUAUGCUUUGGUUGUGAGUGAGUGUGAAAAGAAACUUUCAUUUUUGAAGAGCAAUUUGGAAGCUGCUCUUACCCGAGAAGAUGAACUGAAAGAAAUUUAUGUGUCUGUUUGUCAGGAAAAGAGUCAAUUAGAAGACCAACUGACACAGCAAAUGACAGAUUUACAAGAAAAUAAUGCAAAUGGAACAACCAGGCUUUCUAAACGUGAUUGCUUAGAAGUUGUCAGUGUUGAAGUCCAGUGUCGUCUGUUGGACAUGGAAUGUAACUCAUCAGCCAAAGAUGUUCUCAGGUCAGAAUUGGAACAAGAAAUGAAAGAGAGUCUUUUGGUAAAAAUCCGAGAGGAAAUUGCUGCAGAAACACAAGAGAAACUGGAAGCUGUUCGCCAACAAGUGACCGAUGGUUGCCAGAAAGAACAUGAUGACCAACUGGAGAAUUACAAAAAGGCUCUGCAAGAGAAAAUUGAAGAUGAAGUUAGGAAAGAAUGGAUGGUUGCUGAAAAGAGUAAACAAAUUCCUGUCGGGAUCCAAGUUUGUUUGGAUGAAAGUGAGGAGAAUAAGAGUGAAGAAUAUAUUGAGAAGCUGAGGAGUGAGCUGCUGGCAGAAAUUGAUGAAGAAAAGCAAAAUGAAUGGAUCCAACGAGAAACGGAAAUGAAAAAGAAACAUCUGGAAGAAAUGAAAGAAUUAGAGAAGGAAUUGCAAGAAAAGAGUGAAAAUCGUGAAGUUGGGUUUGGAUUUUCUAUUUCCUCUCAGAUUAUGAAAGAACGAAGAGAAGAGGAGAGACAGAGAAUAAAGUCAGGUGUGGAUGCUGCCAAGAUUGAAUGGCAGCAUCUUCAUGAGUCAAGGCUUGAGAUGGAGGUGAAGAGGAAGAUUGCAGCAGAGAAGGAAGUGUGGCAGAAGGAUGUAGUAGCAGAAUGUCAGAGGGAAUGGCAUGGACGGCUGCAGAAAGAGAAGACAAAAUGGGAGAAUUGUGCUAAAGAGCAACAGCAGAAAGCUUUGGUUGCUGCCGUGGAAACUGCGAAGAACAACUGGGCCAAACGUCAAGAAGUUCACCGAGAUGAAAUGCGAAAGAAGCUGGAGCAGGAAAAGAUGAAUUUACAGAAAGAACACAAGGAAAAGCUGCAGAUAUUAUUGAAUCAAGUGCAGAGUGAAUAUUGGACAAGUGUGAGCAGUAUCCAGAAGAAUCUGGUCCGAUAUUUGUCGGAAAACAGCUUCCGAAUGCAGCAAUUGAUUUACUUGUCUGAGAGAAACCCAACGACAACCAAUCUCUGGGACAGGAGAAACUUCCACAAUGCUUCCGAUGUUAACAGCCGCCAAAUUCAAAACAUUUCGCAUAGAGCCGACCAGCUGCAGCCUCAGCCCUUUGUGCCAAGACCCUUCAACUCAGGAGAUGGACAAGUUUUGAACAGAAUAGAAGAGAACAGUGAAAGUUCGUAUUUCGAAAUAUCCGAAGAAUUACGGUGAACUCUUUGAUGGCCAUCACUGAAGAAUGUUGUCAAUUAAGCAACAUAGCUGAGAUGGUUCUUGUCGCUGUAGUCAUUGUACUAUAUUCUUCAACGGAUGGAUGGAUAAAAGUCUGUUAGACAGUCUCCCAGGAUUGUCCAGUUCCAUUUUCUCAUUGACCAACGUCCACCAUUAACACAUUUGUGGUCAGAUUUCUGUUAAACUGGUCACCAGUUGCUAUUGUAACCUAAACCAUCGUAAUCAGACUUGUGGUGGACAUCAUCAUAUCCAGACCACUGUCUUUCUGUGUCCAGUCAAGCCGAUGGUUAGUUUUAACCAUUGACCACUGUCUCUUAAGUUUUUAAACUCUGACCACUCAGUGUGGAUGGCCAGAUAUGAUUGCUGUCCAUUUCUUACAUUAACUGAGGUGCUACGGACCAUCUAAUCUCAAUGUAAGUGCCAUCCACUAACAGUCACAUACGACUGUGUGUAUGUGUGUGUAAAUAUUUUUAAGUGUAUAUAGUAAAAUACCAGUAUGUAUAAAUGUGUGUCUGCGUAUGUUUGUGUGUAUAUAUAUACAUAUAUAAAACUUCAUGUUUAAGCUCUGAAGUUUUAAGGUUUUGCACUGGCACUCAGCUCUGGGGCCACACAGUUCCUUGCAGCCAAAAUAACUGUAAGCUAAUGGAGAUGAUUACAU